GGACGGCAGAAGAAGAGCCGUUUAUUCGCGCAUGCGCGCUAAUGCUCCUUCCUUUUCGACAUCCCGAGCGAGAGAGACAAGAUGGGCCACCAGCAGCUCUACUGGAGUCACCCGCGGAAAUUCGGCCAGGGAUCCCGAUCCUGCCGUGUAUGCUCAAACAGACAUGGUCUGAUUCGCAAAUAUGGGCUCAACAUGUGCCGUCAGUGCUUCAGACAAUAUGCAAAGGACAUCGGCUUUAUAAAGAUGGAUUAAGUGCUUGGAUUGCUGAGCACCAGCCAUGUGGACAACUCAUCCAAAGCCACCAAGAUGAAGUUGAAUUGGAAUUCCCAAUAAACACUUUUUUUUCUGGUUAAAA